GAAACCAGACUUUCUUACUCUCCUUAUAAAUAAAUAAAAAAUAAAAAUAUAAAUAAAUAAAUAAAGGAGAGAAAUUGUUCUGGCUCUUUCUUUUCUUUUCGUCUUCUUCCGUUGUCAUUCUCUCUCUCUCUCUCUCUCUCUCAUUCAAUUCCUACACCUUAAAACGAAAAAUCAAUCGAAAUCAAGAGCAUGGCUUCGCGCGACAAGAAACCCUCAAAACCCUCCACCAGUCGGACCGGUCGUAUCCGGACUCUCUCCGACCUGAAUAGGCCGUCGGCUCACGACUCCGACAGUGACUCCGAUGGCCCCCAGGAAUACUAUACCGGCGGGGAGAAAAGUGGUAUGCUUGUCCAAGACCCAUCCAAGGGUAAUGACGUUGAUGCAAUUUUUGACCAAGCUCGGCAACUGGGGGCUACACAAGGGCCCUUGGAGAAUCUUCAGCCAUCUUCGAGCUCAAGAAGCUUCACAGGGACAGGAAGGCUGCUUUCAGGUGAAACUGUACCAACUGCUCCGCAGCAGCCUGAGUCAGUGGUGCACAAUAUUGUAUUCUGGAGAAAUGGUUUCACCGUAAAUGAUGGCCCUUUGAGGAGCUUGGAUGAUCCUGAAAAUGCUUCUUUUCUUGAGAGCAUCAGGAAAUCUGAGUGCCCGAAAGAGCUGGAGCCAGCAGACAGGAGAUCCUCUGUUCACGUCAAUCUUAUAAGAAGGGAUGAAAACUGCCCUGAACCGGAAGUACGUAGCGUUCCGUUUCAGGGAGUUGGUAGGACGCUCGGAAGUAGCUCUGUAACGGUAUCUGCUCCUGAGACAACCAUUGCUGCUCCCCUCCUUAGUGCGCCGACCCCUUCAGAAGGCCUUGUGGUAGAUAAAUCACUGCCAUCCACUACGAUUCAACUUAGACUUGCUGAUGGAACUCGAAUGGUUGCGCACUUCAAUCACCACCAUACAAUAGCUGACAUCCGUUCUUUCAUUGAUGCAUCUCGGCCUGGGGGUACAAGGUCGUAUCAGUUGCAGACAGUUGGAUUUCCUCCCAAGGUCCUCUCUGAUCUCACCCAGACAAUUGAAGAAGCAGGGUUGUUGAGCUCGGUGGUUGUCCAGAGACUCUGAGAGACCCAUUGGUAUCACUGAGCUUGUUCAACUUAUAAUGGUGUUUCUGAGAAAGUACAAAAUAUUUGGUUGAAGCUAAAUGCACAAAAUAUUUGGUUGAAGUAAGGUUGGCCUCGACUAUCUCUUCAUAUUAUGUUGAAGGAUGUUCUGUAAUCUAUUUGGUCACUGCAUUCGUCUUUCAAGGUUUUUCUGUGGAAUCAUUAUAUAUACGUCUUAUUCCUCA